ACAGCCCAGCAUUGCACUCAAGACGUUACUGCACAGAGUCCAAUAGAGGAGACGCACAGAUAUGGCGGGGUUUCGCUGAGAAAGAAAAAAUAUCUAAGCAUUAUUGUUCCUCGACGGUUUGCUCGGACGACCACCUCCUCUGCCCUUAUGUUCUUCUGUGGUGGGGAGAAAGGGCAGCGUUGAAAGACUUGGUUGAGAGCGAGAGAAAGAAGAAAGGACGAGAGUGAUUUUAAAACGGACAAUGGCGGACCGCGAUGCGCUGCCCCUUCCUUUGGAGGUGCGAGCCAGAUUAGCUGAGUUGGAGCUGGAGUUAUCGGAGGGUGAUAUCACUCAGAAAGGCUAUGAAAAGAAGAGGGCAAAACUACUCGGGGCCUACCUGCCACAGCCUCCAGGACUGGAGUCGUCGGUGGCGCACGAGCGCAGGCCUCCCAUGGGCCCCUCCUCCGCCUCCCGCUACCACCGCCGGCGCUCCUCAGGCACCCGAGACGAGCGCUACAGAUCAGACGUGCACACAGAGGCCGUGCAGGCCGCCCUGGCCAAACACAAGGAGCGCAAGAUGGCCGUGCCCAUGCCGUCCAAGCGCCGCUCGCUGGUCGUCCAGACCUCCAUGGAUGCCUACACCCCCCCAGACACGUCCUCGGGCUCGGAGGAGGAGGGCGGCCAGGGCGAGGGCACCCCCACCUCCAGCCAGGGCAGCGUGAGCAUGGAGCACUGGAUCAGCCGCGCCAUCCACCAGGGCUCCACCACCUCCUCCUCCUCCUCGUCCACCCAGAGCGGGGGCAGCGGGGCGGCCAGCCGGCUCGCCGACGUCCUGGCCCAGACGCACGUCGGCAAGUCAGAGAACCACUCGGCCCCUCCGGACGUCACCACCUACACCUCUGAGCUGCCGCCUCAGGUGGAGAGGCCACAGGUGUCCACCGUCCCCAGAACCACACCCAAAUACGGCAACGCCGAACUCAUGGAGACUGGAGAUGGAGUCCCAGUGAGCAGUCGAGUGUCCGCUAAGAUCCAGCAGCUAGUGAACACCCUCAAGCAGCCCAGACGACCCCCCCUCAGAGAGUUCUUUGUGGACGACUUUGAGGAACUCCUCGAAGUCCAGCAGCCUGACCCCAACCAGCCGCGGCCAGAAGGGGCCCAGAUGUUGACCAUGCGCGGCGAGCAGUUGGGGGUGGUGACCAACUGGCCCCCAUCCCUGGAGGCUGCCCUGCAGCGCUGGGGCACCAUCUCGCCCAAAGCCCCUUGCCUCACCACAAUGGACACCAACGGCAAGCCUCUCUACGUCCUCACCUACGGUAAGCUUUGGACCCGGAGCAUCAAGGUGGCCUACAACAUUCUCCACAAGCUUGGCACCAAGCAAGAGCCCAUGGUCCGGCCUGGUGAUCGGGUGGCCCUCGUGUUCCCCAACAACGACCCGGCCGCCUUCAUGGUGGCCUUCUACGGCUGCCUGCUGGCCGAGGUGGUGCCCGUGCCAAUCGAAGUGCCGCUCACGAGGAAGGAUGCGGGGAGUCAGCAGAUCGGCUUCCUGUUGGGGAGCUGUGGGGUCACGGUGGCACUGACCAGCGAUGCCUGUCAUAAAGGCCUCCCCAAGGGCCCCACCGGGGAAAUCCCGCAGUUCAAAGGAUGGCCGAAGCUGCUGUGGUUCGUCACCGAGUCCAAACACCUGUCCAAGCCCCCGCGAGACUGGUUCCCCCACAUCAAGGACGCCAACAACGACACGGCCUACAUCGAGUAUAAGACCUGCAAGGACGGGAGUGUUCUGGGUGUGACGGUGAUGAGGAUCGCCAUGCUCACACACUGCCAAGCCCUCACACAGUCCUGUGGAUACACGGAAGCGGAGACCAUAGUGAAUGUAUUAGACUUCAAGAAGGACGUGGGACUAUGGCACGGCAUUCUCACAAGUGUCAUGAAUAUGAUGCAUGUGAUCAGCAUCCCCUACUCCCUGAUGAAGGUCAACCCUCUCUCCUGGAUCCAGAAAGUGUGCCAAUACAAAGCUAAAGUGGCAUGUGUGAAGUCCAGGGAUAUGCACUGGGCCCUGGUGGCCCAUCGGGACCAGAGGGACAUCAACCUGACCUCUCUACGGAUGCUGGUGGUAGCUGACGGUUCCAACCCAUGGUCCAUCUCGUCCUGCGAUGCAUUCCUCAACGUCUUCCAGAGCAAAGGCCUGCGGCCGGAGGUCAUCUGCCCCUGCGCCAGUUCUCCAGAGGCCCUGACCGUAGCCAUCCGGAGGCCCACGGAUGACAGCAGCCAGCCCCCGGGCCGAGGGGUCCUGUCCAUGAACGGGCUGAGCCACGGCGUGAUCCGCGUGGACUCGGAGGAGCGCCUGUCCGUCCUCACCGUCCAGGACGUGGGCACCGUGAUGCCAGGAGCUAUGAUGUGUGUGGUGAAGCCCGAGGGAGUUCCUCAGCUGUGUCGAACGGACGAGAUCGGGGAGAUUUGCGUGUGCUCCAUCGCCACGGGAACCUCCUACUACGGCCUCUCUGGCAUGACGAAGAACACGUUUGAGGUGUUCCCCAUGAGUGGCACGGGCGCCCCCGUCAGCGAGUACCCGUUCACCCGCACCGGCCUGCUGGGCUUCGUGGGGCCCGGCGGCCUGGUCUUCAUCGCCGGCAAGAUGGACGGCCUGAUGGUGGUGAGCACGCGCCGCCACAACGCCGACGACAUCGUCGCCACGGCGCUGGCGGUGGAGCCCAUGAAGUUCGUCUACAGGGGCAGGAUAGCGGUGUUCUCGGUGACCGUGCUGCACGAUGAGAGGAUUGUAGUGGUGGCUGAGCAGAGGCCAGAUUCCACAGAGGAGGACAGCUUCCAGUGGAUGAGCCGUGUGCUGCAGGCCAUCGACAGCAUCCACGGCGUGGGGGUGUUCUGCCUGGCCCUGGUGCCGGCCAACACGCUGCCCAAGACGCCGCUGGGGGGCAUCCACCUGUCGGAGACCAAGCAGCUCUUCCUGGAGGGCUCGCUGCACCCCUGCAACGUGCUCAUGUGCCCCCACACCUGCGUCACCAACCUCCCCAAGCCCCGGCAAAAACAGCCAGAGAUCGGACCUGCCUCUGUGAUGGUGGGGAACCUGGUGUCGGGGAAGCGCAUCGCUCAGGCCAGCGGCAGAGACCUUGGUCAAAUCGAAGACAAUGAUCAGGCAAGGAAGUUCCUCUUCCUGUCGGAGGUGUUGCAGUGGAGAGCGCAGACCACUCCUGACCAUGUCCUCUUCACUCUGCUCAGCUCCAGGGGGGCUAUCUUGAGCUCGCUGACCUGUGUGCAGCUGCACAAGCGGGCGGAGAAGAUCGCGGCCAUGCUCAUGGAGCGAGGACACCUGCAGGACGGAGAUCACGUGGCGCUGGUCUACCCACCUGGCAUCGACCUGAUUGCGGCCUUCUACGGAUGCCUGUAUGCCGGCUGCGUGCCCAUCACGGUCAGGCCACCACACCCCCAGAACAUCGCCACCACCCUGCCCACUGUGAAGAUGAUUGUGGAGGUGAGCCGAUCGUCCUGCGUGAUGACCUCAGUCGUGAUUUCCAAGUUGCUGAAGUCUAAAGAGGCGUCCGCUGCGGUGGACGUCAGGACGUGGCCUCCCGUCCUCGAAACAGAUGAUCUGCCAAAGAAGAAGCCCCCUCAGCUGUACAAGCCCUCCAAUCCCGACACGCUGGCCUACCUGGACUUCAGUGUGUCCACCACAGGGAUGCUAGCAGGAGUAAAGAUGUCUCACAGUGCCACCAGUGCCUUCUGCCGCUCAAUCAAGCUCCAGUGUGAGCUCUACCCCUCGCGAGAAGUGGCCAUCUGCCUGGACCCUUACUGCGGCCUGGGCUUCGUCCUCUGGUGCCUCUGCAGUGUGUACUCAGGGCACCAGUCCAUCCUGAUCCCCCCCUCGGAGCUGGAGGUGAACCCCGCCCUGUGGCUGCUGGCCGUCAGUCAGUUCCGCGUCAGGGACACCUUCUGCUCCUACUCUGUCAUGGAGCUCUGCACCAAGGGCCUGGGCCUGCAGACCGAGUCCCUUAAGGCGCGUGGCCUGGACCUGUCUCGAGUGCGCACGUGUGUGGUGGUGGCGGAGGAGCGGCCCAGGAUAGCGCUCACCCAGUCCUUCUCCAAGCUCUUCAAAGACCUGGGCCUCCACCCACGCGCCGUCAGCACCUCCUUUGGCUGCAGGGUCAACCUGGCCAUCUGUCUGCAGCCUCACAGGCUGGGGAAGCUUGCUGAUCAGGGCACCUCAGGACCGGACCCGACUACUGUGUUUGUGGACAUGCGAGCCCUGCGACACGACAGAGUUCGACUUGUUGAGAGGGGAUCACCUCACAGCUUACCGCUCAUGGAAUCCGGAAAGAUUCUGCCUGGCGUUCGGAUCAUCAUUGCCAAUCCUGAGACGAAGGGGCCUUUGGGUGACUCACACCUGGGGGAGAUCUGGGUGCACAGCGCCCACAACGGCAGCGGCUACUUCACCGUGUACGGCGACGAGGCGCUCCAGUCGGACCACUUCACCUCGCGACUCAGCUUCGGGGACACUGCGACGGUGUGGGCGCGCACCGGCUACCUGGGCUUUCUGCGGCGGACCGAACUGACCGACGCCAGUGGAGAGAGGCACGAUGCCCUGUAUGUGGUCGGGGCCCUGGAUGAGGCCAUGGAGCUGCGGGGUAUGAGGUACCACCCCAUCGACAUCGAGACGUCCGUCAUACGCACUCACAAGAGCAUCACAGAAUGCGCGGUGUUUCCCUGGACCAACCUGCUGGUGGUGGUGGUGGAGCUGGAGGGCUCGGAGCAGGAGGCCCUGGACCUGGUGCCGCUGGUGACCAACGCCGUCCUAGAGGAGCACUAUCUGAUCGUGGGCGUGGUGGUGGUGGUGGACAUUGGCGUCAUCCCCAUCAACUCGCGCGGCGAAAAGCAGCGCAUGCACCUACGGGAUGGUUUCCUGGCCGACCAACUGGACCCCAUCUAUGUGGCCUAUAACAUGUAGCUUGUGUAUGGAUGUGUGUGCGUGUGUGUGUGUGUGUGUGUGUGUGUGUGUGUGGUGAAUGAGUAUAGGUGUGUGUAUGUUUAUUUUUUAUUUACGCAAGACUGCAAAUGACCUCUUGGGUCUUCUUCAGGGGAGAGACAGAGCAAAAGGAAGAGAGAACCCCUAUCAAAGAGAAACCAAUGGGAACAGAGGAUCAUUGGCAAUGUUGAAUAUUCAAAGGAGACAGAGCACAGGUCUUGGAUGGGAACUGCAUGGCUUUGAGAAAAAAAAAGAAAGAAAAGGCUGCUCCUGUUUUCCUCUCUAUGGUGGAAGAAGAACUCGCUCCCCAACCCCCCCGUUGUAAAACUUGCUUUUUUUUGCUUGUUUUGAAUAUUGCAUUUUAUUUUUUUGAGAGAAAAAAAACAAACAAACUGUGUGUGGCUGUUUUCAUGUAAUGUAACUGCUGGCGUUCGCUCAUUUUUAGUCAAUGGCGAAGGGUAUUUUUUGAAAAGAAAAAAAGAUAUAUAUAUAUAUAUCGACAUACCGUGGCAAACUGUGUAACUUUAUGUUUGGUAGUUUUAUUUGGAGUAGCGUGUUGGAAGUAUACACGUAACAAAGCAAAACUUACCCAUUCGGUUCUUUCAUGGAAGAGGAGGUACGGAAAAAAAGGAUCUGUAUGUAUGUUGAAACCGUUCAUCUGCAAAAUUUGACAUUCUGAUUUUUGCUCUCUUUAAAUGUACUUGUCCCUAACCCCAACUGGCUGGGGUGCAAAAGAUCCCUGCAUUUUCGAUUCCUCCAUGUUUAAUAUCAUUGUACAAAGCUUAGGGUAAACACAAAGUCCAGUUGAUAUUGUGUAAUUAUGUACAGAAAAUAGUUCUUAUUUAUUUUGUUCUUUUUAGAAGUGUGUGAGAGAAGACAUUUGAAAAUGUUUUCCUCAUUAAAUAUUGCUAAUAUAAAAAAAAAACAAAGCAUUGUAUCAUCUUGAGUGAGUAGUAUCACAUCAAGUAUAUGUAAAAAUAUAAAUAUAUAUACAAAUCUAUAUAAAUAUAUAUACAAAAUAAGACCUAGGAAUCACCAAUGAAAAGUUUCAAAUGCAGUACUUCCCACUUGCAUGGUGUGUGUCAUAGGCAAAAGUGAGUUUUGAGAGUUACACACAGACAUGAAUAUCAAUCUGAUUCCAAUUACAAUGAAUAUGGAGAAAUAUGAGAAACCAGAUGUUUUAAAAAGGUGAAAAGUAUGAUGAAUGCUGACAGAAAAUGUGUGUUGCUGGGGUCAAAAUAUCUAUGUGUGUGUGUGUGUUUCUUUUAGAUGGAAAAAGUCUAUCAUUAUGCCCUUAUCGAGUGAUAAAGAAUCUUUAAAAAUGUGCCUGGAAUUCUGUUUACACUCUGCUUUACAUAAUUCAGAUUCGCAUCACAACCUCAUAUGCUGUGAGUUGCUGAUUGUAUUUUUUUUUCUGUUUUAACCGUCAUUGAUUUCACUUUGCCGUCCAUCUCAUUUCAUGUAUAUUCCUUUUCCAAGAUUUUUUUUUCUUAUUUAUUUUUUACAUUUUUGUUUAAUGUUUCAUUAGCUUCUGUCAAGAGAUGAUCAUUUGGGAAAGGAACUGAUGAACAGCGUCUUUUAAAGAUGUCAGAAUUAUGCGGUGCUGUAAUUCUAACCAGAUCCAAGAUACAGCAGCUCAAAGAUAUUUAUGACACAGGUCUGUCUCCAAAAUCACUGUGCUAGUAGUCAAGGUGACAUGUGGCAUGUGAACGUCUUGUCUAAUGUCGCUGUAGCUACAUGGUCCAUAUUCACCAAUGAUUAUGUGGAAGUGUCUUACUUGUCUAAAGCUCUCCAGAUCUCUUACUGAUAGGGGUUUUUGACAGUAGGCUUUUAAAGAAAGAGGAGCCAGUCAUGUCUGAAUUAACCACUUUACAGAGGGCAGUUCUCCCAAAGAUGAAUAAUAGGCUAAGGCUACUAUGAGACUAAAAUAAAUAACAAUGGCAAAACUAGUGUUUAUGUAUGUGUAGCUACAUCAGUUUCAUUUUGUUUGUGUUUUUUUUUUAUAGCAAACAUCAGUCAUGGGAACAACAAUUAAUUGCAGACACCUGGUGGUCAUUUCUUCUGGUCACUCCCGUGAACCAGAUUCUGUUUUUCUGUGAUAUGUAGAUGACUAACAUGGUGGCAUUGUUGAUUGGGAUCUGCUGCAGUCAGUGACUUUUGACAUUGGGAUGAGCUAAAUUAUAAAAAGAAAAAAUGUCAAAAUCAUGUUUCCUAUUUUCCCCCUUUUUCUAGUGUGAUGGAAGUUUUUAAGUAUGGGAACUGGAUUGGCACCUAACUAUUAAGGUGAAAAUGCAAAUGUUUUGUUUCAUUCUGUUGAGAAAGACAACAAACAAAAGUCUUAACAUAUGUGUUUGAUAGCAUUAGUGUUGUCAUUCCCAUACAAAAAAAAAAAUAGAAAUGUUUUCCCAUUUUUGAAAAGAGAAAAAAAAGGUGCACAUCAUUUCCGACCUGUGACGUUAUUUCCUUCUUUGGUUGGAAAUCUAGACUUACUACGUGAGAGAGUCUGCAUGGUGUCUGUAAAUAUUGUUGGUUACAUUUAAAAGAAAAAAGCUUAAGAAAAAAAAGAACAAGAUUUAUUUUGUAUGGUGCAGGUGUGUUUUAAAUUCUGUUUUGUACACAUAAAAAGUAUUCAAUGACACUUUUAUAGGAGCCUGCUUCGGCCAACCUUCACAAAAUAUGGUGCAAUAAAGUGCUUUGAUUGGUAAAAACUGUGAUUUUCGUUCAAUGUAGAUGCAAAUCUACUGACUUAACUACGAGAUGUUGUAUCCUCGAAGAGACACCCUAAAAUAGAUUUUCAAACGCAUU